CUUCAGGAAAAAAGAAACUGUCUCCUGAUGCAGCUGGAAGAAGCCACCUGCCUAAUGUCCUAUCUCCAGUCCCAGUUACAAAGCCUGUCCGCCAGCACCCUGACCGUCUCCUCGGGGAGCAGCCGCGGCUCCCUGGCCUCCAGCCGCGGCUCCCUGGCCUCCAGCCGGGGCUCCCUGAGCUCCGUCAGCUUCACCGACAUCUACGGCCUCCCGCAGUACGAGAAGCCCGACGCCGAGGGCGGCCCGCUCCUGCGCUUCGACCUCGUCUCCUUCGACUCCCUGCGCCGGGACGCCCCCUUGGCGGAGGCCCCGGGCCCCGCGGGCCUCCACAAACACACGCGCUCCCUGGACACGCCGCAGUCCCUGGCGUCCCUGUCCUCGCUGUCCCCGCCCAGCUCGCGCUUGGACACGCCCUUCCUCCCGGCCUCGCGAGACUCGCCCCUGGCCCAGCUCGGGGACGCCUUCGAGGUGGCGGGCCUGGGCGCCCUGGACAGGCUGUGCGCUCAGGCCUCCGCCUUGGGGGACGAAGACCCGCCGGGCGCGGCGUCCCUGCCGCCGCACGGGUGCCCCGGGGACGGGGAAGGACCUCGCGAGCGAGGACCCCAAGCGGCUGCCGCUCCCACGGCUGCACGUACCAAACUGAGGGAAGACAGCGCCCAGAGGCUGGAGCGGAGAGCGUGCUGCGUGUCUGCCUGCCUGUCCGAUUACUCGCUGGCCAGCGACAGCGGCGUGUUUGAACCUGCCACCAAAAGGAGUGAGGAUGCCGACGAGCCUGUGCCUGGAGACGCUUGCGGUAACGAGGGGCCCCAGAUCCAUGUUGGAUUUUUGCACGACAGUGCCAGCGAGUGUCUCCUCGUGAACGUGCUCCAACUGAAGAACUUUGCCGGGCUGGUGGUGAAGGAAGACUGCAAAAUGGAGAAGGAAAUCUGUGUUGUCUCCGGUGGGGAGAUGGGUGCCCGAUGGGGGUGUGAGGUCCCACUUACCCUGGCGGGUGAACCCACCUGUGAUGGGUGCUCAGGCCUGACGGUGCCUUCCCCUUCCGUGAGUCGUCUUUGUAAACUGGCCUCCCGAAGGCCUUGGAAGCAGCCUGGUGUUCAGCGGCUGAGGGUCAGUUCUUCGGACUUUCUUUUGGUGUUUAAUGAAGUUUUCAAAAUCCCUGUGCAGUCAAACAUGGUGAUGUUGGAGUCCCUUCAGUUAUACAUGUGCUCAGUGAAUCCGCAGCUGCAGGAAGAACUGCUGGGCAUUGCUCAGAUUAACUUGGCUGAUUACGAUGGUUCGAGCGAGAUGCAGCUGCGCUGGUACUCGGUGCAGGUGUUCACCGGCCCCGAGCCGCCCCGGCGGGAGGACGAGCGGCUGGGGCACAGCGACUUCCGGGACCCUGCACACACCACGUCUGGAAAGACAGACGCGGUGACGGUGCUGCUGGCGAGAACCACGGCCCAGCUGCAGGCGGUGGAGAGAGAGCUGGCCGAGGAGCGGGUGAAGCUGGAGUACACGGAGGAGGAGAUCCUGGAGAUGGAGCGCACGGAGGAGCAGGCCGAGGCCGUGUCCGAGAGGAGUUGGCAAGCCGACUCGGUGGACAGUGGCUGUAGCAGCUGCGCCCAGACCAGCCCCCCGCACCCAGAGCCCUGCUGCGUUGCUGUCAGCUCCAUCCACGGACACACGUUUGCUGGCCAGGCAGACCCUUACGGCCCCGAGAAACUUCAGCCCCCGCCUCUGAAGGUAGGCAGAAAAGGACAAAGGAUUUCGCGGAGCCCCUGACGUUUUGCCGCACAGCACCAGGCGCUGCCCUGGAAGGAGGGGCUGUGUGCCCUACGCGCGAGGGAAUUGAAGUGAGUGGCCUCAGAUCUGUAAACAGCAGGUACCAUGGAAACGU